UGGCACGAUUCGAUUCGAUUCGAUUCGCUUCGCAUUGCCUUGAGGGGCCAGCGCCAAAGAAACAGUCUAGGACCAAUUGUUGGCUAACUUUUCCGUUCGUGCUUACCAUUCAUUCAUUCAGUCUUGUGCUUUGUGUGCGGUGUGCGUCCGUGUCCGUGUCCGUGUCCGAACGAAUUGUGUUGUAGCCAUAGCGUCGGGAAAUUGACCAAAAGCGCCAUAAUUGAAGCAUAGCCAAGGCGAUAAAGUUUCCAAAUUGUUUCAUAAUUUUUUUUUAUUGUUGUUCCUGUCGUUGCUGUGGUUGUUAUCAUUGUUGUUGUAGUGCAAUUAAGUCACUUGGAACGCAGAGGGAGGAUACAGCACAUCAGGAUCGAAAUGCUGCCGCAACAGCAGCUCCUUGGCACCACCAAGCUAUGGUUUCUGCUCCUGCUGGGAUUAGGACUUGGCAUCCUCCGAUGCGAUGCACGUGCGGUGAACGUUAGCAACACCUGGACAAUGCCGCAGGAGGGAUUGAAUGUUUUCUAUCGUUUCUUUCGAGAUCGCAUCUCCUGGUUUGAAGCUGAUGCCGUUUGUCAAUUCCACCAUGCCAAUCUUGUGACGGUCGACAACAGUUUUCAAUUUGAUGCAACGCGCGACCUGCUGAGGGAAUUGGACGUGAACGACAUCGUUUGGAUUGGACUCAUGCGACCGCAGAACUCGGAUCGCUUUAUGUGGUCCAAUUCGCGACCGCUGGUCACGGACACCGGCUACUGGGCCGAGUCAUUGCCACUAAUGGAUGCGCCUCUUUGCGCAGUUAUUGAUCCAAUUCGAGAUUAUCGCUGGCAUGCCCUGCGCUGUGGCGGCCCCGAGACAGCGUCCUUUCUGUGCGAAAUGCCAGUACCCAGCUGGGCAGAUACCUGCAUUUUAAAGGACAUGCCGAACCUAACAAUGCAGUACAUGGCAGAUACGGCCAGCGUAGAGCUGAUAAGAAACUGUCAGGAGGAAGGUUUAUUGCGCCAGACGUGCAAGGGCAAGGAGGACCGAGAACACGCGCUUCGCGAGCUCAUUUGCCCCAAGGAGCGUAUCGAGGCGCAGCGCAUUAACGACAUCACCAACUCCCACUUCAAGUCGCUGCAAAUCAUCAACAGCAUACGCACCGACAACAAUGAGAACAACAACAUUGACAUGCUGCCAUUGCUACCCAAUUAUGCCACCUCCAAGGGGGUUACACAGUCGACCACCUCGACCACAAGACAGGCGAACGUUCAACAUGUGAUUGAUCAGUUUAGUCUCGACGAACUGAUGCAGGCGGACGAGCCUGCGAUGCCCAGUUACCGCAUACCAGGCCAAAUACCGCUGCCUGUGAAGAAGUCGGCCAAGAAAGUGGGCAUCAGUGAGGCCAAGAAAUACUGGACCCAACAGCAGCAAAAGCAGCAGCAGCUGAAAAAGAGCACUGGCAAGCAAACAAGGUCUCAACCGCUCGAGGACAUGAUGAUGGGCGAUCAGCCGGCACUGAGUGGAGAGUCGCCUCCUGGGGGUCUCAGCGAUAAUGAUAGCGACGCUUCCAAUGAAAUCCUCGAGCAUUUGCCGCACACCAAAAAGAUUAUGCAGCAGGAUCUGAGAACCAUGCCGAACAUAGCCGAGCACUGGACCAAGCAGGUGACGGCAACGACCACAACAGUGGCCUCAAAAACGUUCCCCACAACAACCACAACAACAACAACAACAACAACGACAACAAUAACCACACCAACCCAGGCAUCGGUUCCAACAACGAUCUCGACCCUGACGAUGACAACAACACCCGCCAUAGCAAGCGAAGUCUCAAGUGGCAUGAGGAGGCCAACAACACCUACAAGCGGAGCAGAACUGAGCAGCAAUGGCAAUUCAUCACCGACACUCACAACAAUGUUAAACACACCCAUACCCACACCCAUUCCCACAUUGGCCGCCAUUGGUCACCCGAUGCAUCCGCAACCGGUUCGCGGCAACCAGCUCAUGAACGAAGAAACUCAACAGCAUUCUCACCUGAAGGAGUCCACCGACAAUUCGCACUUCAUACCGCCGAUGCUGCUGGUGAAAUCGCAUUACGUGCCGCCUGCCAAGCACAACGAACAUAGCGAGCAUAGCGAGCAUGCCACGCAUCAGACCCACGUGCUAAUUGACGAGAGGACGCAGACUUCGGUGCAGCCCCAGACGACGAUGACGACGACCACAAGUCGGAUAACCGAGCUGGUAACCGAUCCGGCAAUGCAACUGUCAUCCACAGCAGCCACGUCGCUAUUUGCAGUAAAUGCCACAAAUGAACAGCACCAACAAGACCAGAAGGAGGAGGUAGCUAGUCAUUUGAUGGCCACCGGCGCGCCAGCUUCAACAACUGUGGGAAGGGCAGAGACGGAAGUAGCGGCCACAACAGGGGCAGCGACAAUAGCAGCGGAGGGAGCAACAACGCCAGCGUCGGUUGAGGCGCAACAGGAGCACACGGAAGUGAUAAAAGUGGCCAAAGCAGCAGCAACAGCAGCAGAAACUGAAGCAGUAACAACAACAACUGUAGCAGCAGCCACAAUAUCGGUUGCAAGCACUGUAGCAAGCACAGCAGCAGAGCCAGCAACAACAGCAACAGCAGCGGAAGAAGCGAAAGAAGCGGAAGAAGCGGAAUCUAAAAGAAGCGAACAACUUGCUCAGGAGGCGGUAACUGAAACAGAAACAGAAACCGAAACCGAAACUGAAACUGAAGUAAGCCAUAAGCAGUCAGCAUCGACCGUUGCUGCACCAGGAGGAGCAGUAAAUACGCCCAGCUUGGCAGCAACAUCAACAGGCAAAACGUUUAUUACCGAGUCCCCAAUGCAUGCAACAACUGCAACAACACAGUCGAGUAGAAGUGCAGUUAAAGCAAUCAGUUCAAAUCAAGCUGCAGAUGCCACAACAGCCGCAAUUGUGCCUGCGACAGAAACAGAAACAACAGCAACACCAGCAACAACAACAACAACUGAAAAUGGCACCGGUACUAGCAGCAGCAGCAGCAGCAGCACCGUGACUGCCGAGACGACCAGCACCAUAACACGACGCAACUUCCUUAAGGAGGAAACCGAGGCACCAUUCAAGCCCAAUCGACGACGCUCCCUUACAAAACCGGAAACUGUUAGCUAUUUUAAGAAGAUCCUUGGAUAGAAUGGCGGCAGCAGCAACAGCAAUUGAAACUAUAACUGAAACGACUUCUGAGUUAACACAUUUCCGGCACAAAACCGAACAGCAACCAAACCACAUCCCCCCACUCUCCCACUUCCCCCACUUCUCCCACUUCCCCAACCCCCAGCCAUCCAUCCAAAGCAUUCGUAGAGCAGCGCAAUUGGUGAGCAAAACCGAAGUAAGUUAAAUGAAGCUGUCCCGAAAACUUACAGCUCCCUCCGCUCACCAAAAACACAUUCCUUUUACACACACACAUACACAUACACACACAUGAGCCCAAAAUUGUUGCUCAAAGUUUGUAAAACUCGGUCCCGCCCCCAUCAACCAGUAAGCCCCACGUGGAUUGGUCAAAUCAAGCUGUUAGUUAUAGCAACAAGAAAAAAAUAUGUAAUAAUAAUAAUUUCAGACAACUAGCAAAAUAACAAAAUAACAAAAUUUAUAAAAAAUCAUCAGCCAGUGUCGAGCAGCAACGUGUCAAUUUUUGAGAGAAUCUACAGCCUGUCGUCUGUAAUCCUUAGUAAGCAGCGCACACGUAAUUACAUAGAUACACACACACCUACACACCUACACAUACCCACACACACACACACACACACAUGGAGAGAGAGGGAAAUAUGUAUUUUUAAAGACCCGCAGGCAUUGCCCAAGCAAAGCGUAGUGGCAAAGCAGGCAGCAGACAGACAUUGUGUGCAAUCCAAAGGCCAAAUCUAAAUACACGAGUACGAGUACUACACAUACAUAUAAUAUGUGUACAUAUAUUUGAAUUACGAUAUUUUUUUUUUGUUUUCCUAUUAAUGGAAAACAGUAAGCCAUAGCUAUGGAUUGCUUAAUCGGGCAAAAGGCACGAGUUGGUUGGGCGUUUUAAUCUACAAGUACUAAGUAUAGUAUAUACGAGUUUAGUGAGGAUAUUCGAGUGCACAACAAGCAAUUCGCUAGAGAUUUAAAUUUUAGCACGUCAAGCAAGUCAAGGCACAGCAAAUAUGCAAGUUUGAAAGAUGAAAAGAUGAAAAGAUGAGAGGAGUGUGUGUUGUAAUAAAAUUAGACAGAAAUAUGCAUGCAUAUACUAUGUACAUUAUAUAUUUAUGUAUAGCGCAAAGUCCCCGACAAAGAAUGCUUGGCAGCAGUUACACAUAAAAAUCGCAAAUUCAAAUACAAAUACAACAUCAACAGAGCAACAGAGAGCAGCACAAAAAGCAACAUCCUUUGCACAUUCCCGUACUUAUUACUCGUACAUUAAAUUUUCAAACAAAACAUCCAAGUUAUUUGCACUUGAAACGAAAUGUUGAGGCAAAAAGCGAAAUUGUUUAAAUCAGUUUCUCCGCUUUGAUGUCAAAUGAGAAAUACUCGUAUAAUGAACAGAAAACAAACACAUGAGAAAAAAUAAUGUAGAACGUAAAGCAAGGCAGCAAAAUGCAGUAAUUAUAGUAUAUAAAUAUUAAAGUAUAAAUAAAAUAUUAUUAAAGAAAUACAAA